UGCGCUUUAAGAUGGCCAAUAUCUGAAAAUCACCUGCAAAAAAAUGGAUCUGCAAACUACCUAGACGAAAGUAUGACUGAAAAGUCCAGAACAAUAAACCAGUGGUAUGUCUCUUUUGAGAAAGGAAAAGAUUUUGAUUCUUGGGGCCAGCUGGUGGAAGCCGCCGAGGAGUAUUCAAGACUCGCUAGAGACUUGAAAAAACAUUGUGCUUUGGGAAACAAGAUGUUUCAAGAGGAACAGAAGAAACUGAUGCUUAAAAUGUCAGCCUGUUUUGAGAAGAGAAGCAAAAUAUUACUAUCCACUCAGGCUAGAGAUGAUGAGAUCUCAUUUGAUGAUAUCAAGAAAGUUGGUGAAGUGUUGAGAAACUUAAAUGUAGGUUGGAAUGGUCCUUUUCCAGUCAGGAUCGAAGAGCCUAAAACAAGUGAUACUGAUGUAACAGAAUAUGGAGAUGAAAAUGGAACUGAGCAUGUUUCUUCAGUUGCUGAAGGAGGGUCUUUGUUGCCGCGUAUCCCAUUCGAAGAAGGAUAUCAUCGACUUGUUGUACGAAUCAACCAGAUUGGACUGAAGGAUGCCCAUGUGUACAUUAAUCCAUUUUUUACUGUUUCUGUGAAAGAUGCCAAUGGUGUGAAUGUAACCCCAGCUCAAGAUACAACCACUUCAAACAGAGUUAAUGGAAAGUUUAUCAACUUUGAUACUGAUGUAGAAAUUCAAAAGCCUAUAGAGAAACUUCCAAGAGGUUAG